GGCUGGGGAUCGACCCGAAGUACGUCACGCCAGUUCAGCUGGAAGUGGUGACUCGAGUCCUCCUUUCCAUUUUCACUCUGCUCUACACUGCGACAGGGGCGAUUUAUGCCGCGGAGCACGACGUGAACCCGCAGUUUCCGGACUUCUUCACUGCCUUGUACUUCGGCUUGACCACCUUGACAACUGUGGGCUUUGGCGACAUUACGCCAAUCACCGCCCAAGGUCGCCUGGUAGUGGCUGCAUCCAUCUUGGCAGGAGUCGGGAUCAUCCCCUAUCAGCUGAGCAAGCUGGCAGAGGUCUUCAUGGCUACUGCGAGCUUCGAUCGGCAGGGCAUCCGCUUCCAGAGCAUCCAGGAAUCUCCGGAGAGUUCGGGCCGCCAGUGCCCUUCGUGCAACGCGACCCCGCAUCGGAAGGAUGCAGCCUUCUGCUGGCGCUGUGGUGCUGUGAUGCCUGUCGACUAG